ACGGGCACCUUCGGGUGCCGCUCGCUGUGCACCACCUGACACGCGGGAGAGGGGCGUGUCGAGCCGUCUGCACUCAGAUCUGUGUCACCUUCACUCAUACCUGUCCUACUUAGACAUUUCGGCGAUGACACUAGAGUCAAAGAGCGGUGCUGUAUAAGCCAUGAGUCACUUUCGGGCGUUAGCGGGUGUGCUGAGGGGUGGGUGUGUCGGGGGAGGUCAGUGGCUUCGUGGAUGCGGAGAGGCCCCGGCCAGGCGCUGGCUCGAUCCCCGGAGAGGGUGCACCUCCGGAUCUGCGCCUGCUCUCUCAGUGGUGGCCAGCAGCUCCAGCUAUGUGGAGGAGAUGUACUUUGCCUGGCUGGAGGAUCAUAAAAACGUCCACGAGUCUUGGGACGCAUUCUUCCGUAACAUCCAGGCCUCCAGUCCGUCUGGCGAGGCAGGUGAGAGAUGCCCCUCUGCUCUGCUCCAGGGCCGAGUGCGGGCUCACUCACCAGACAUGGCACAGAAAGUGGUGGAGGACCACCUGGCUGUGCACACUCUAAUUAGAGCCUACCAGAUUCGUGGUCACCAUGUUGCCCAGUUAGAUCCUCUGGGAAUCCUGGAGGCUGACCUGGACUCCUUUGUUCCCUCCGACCUGAUCACCACCAUCGAUAAGUUAGGUUUCUAUGGUCUUGAUGAGUCUGACUUGGAUAGGAGCUUUCGGCUGCCUUCCACCACCUUCAUCGGAGGAGAAAACACCACUCUUCCUCUUAAAGAAAUCAUACACAGACUAGAGACAUCCUACUGUGGUCACAUAGGGGUCGAGUUUAUGUUCAUUAACAACAUGGACCAGUGUCAGUGGAUUCGUCAGAAAUUUGAGACUCCGGGAAUCAUGCAGUUCACUAAUGCUGAGAAGAGAACUUUGCUAGCCCGCCUGGUCAGAUCCACACGAUUUGAGGACUUCCUGGCCAGAAAGUGGUCAUCAGAGAAACGUUUUGGUCUGGAGGGCUGUGAAGUGCUCAUCCCUGCUCUUAAAACCAUCAUUGACAAGUCGAGUGCUGCAGGCAUUGAAAGUGUAAUCAUGGGAAUGCCUCAUCGGGGUCGACUGAAUGUCUUGGCCAAUGUGAUCCGUAAGGAGCUGAAUCAGAUCUUCUGUCAGUUCGACCCCAAGUUAGAGGCCACCGAUGAGGGGUCGGGCGACGUCAAAUACCACCUUGGGAUGUACCACGAGAGGAUCAACCGUGAGACGGACAAGAACAUCACGCUGUCACUCAUGGCAAACCCCUCCCACCUGGAGGCGGUGGAUCCGGUGGUUCAGGGCAAGGCCAAAGCUGAGCAGUUCUACAGAGGAGACACUCAGGGAAAGAAGGUGAUGUGCAUCUUGAUUCAUGGUGACGCUGCUUUUGCUGGACAAGGAGUUGUAUAUGAGACUUUCCACCUAAGUGAGCUCCCCUCCUACACCACACAUGGUACAAUCCAUGUGGUUGUCAACAACCAGAUUGGCUUUACUACAGACCCUCGAGUGGCCCGCUCCUCCCCCUACCCCACCGAUGUGGCUCGGGUUGUCAAUGCACCCAUCUUCCAUGUGAAUGCCGAUGACCCCGAGGCUGUAAUGUACGUGUGCCGGGUGGCUGCAGAGUGGAGGGCCACCUUCAACAAGGAUGUUGUCAUUGACCUGGUUUCUUACAGGCGCUUUGGCCACAAUGAGAUGGACGAGCCCAUGUUCACCCAACCGCUGAUGUACAAACAGAUCCGUCGGCAGGAGCAUGUGCUGAAAAAGUAUUCUGACAAGCUCAUUGCUGAGGGAGUGGUGACGCUGCAGGAAUUUGAGGAAGAAGUUGCCAAAUAUGACAAGAUAUGUGAGGAGGCAUACACCAGCUCCAAGGAUGAAAAGAUUUUACACAUUCGACACUGGCUUGACUCCCCGUGGCCAGAUUUCUUCACAGCAGAGGGAGAGCCCAGGAGCAUGAUCUGUGUCCCCACAGGGCUGGAUGAGGAGGUCCUGCAGCACAUUGGCCAGACAGCCAGCUCAGUGCCUCUGGAAGAUUUUAAAAUCCACCCUGGUGUGUCUCGUAUCCUGCGUGGUCGAGCUGACCUGGUGACGAAUCGGCAGAUGGACUGGGCUCUGGGAGAGUACAUGGCCUUUGGCUCCCUUCUCAAAGAAGGCAUCCAUGUACGACUCAGCGGGCAGGAUGUGGAGCGGGGAACCUUUAGUCACCGUCACCAUGUUCUGCACGACCAAGAGGUGGACAAACGUAUCUGUGUUCCCAUGAACCACCUGUGGGCUAACCAGGCUCCUUACACUGUCUGCAACAGCUCCUUAUCGGAGUAUGGAGUGCUAGGUUUUGAGCUUGGCUUUGCUAUGGCCAGUCCGAAUGCUCUGAUCCUCUGGGAGGCGCAGUUUGGAGACUUUCACAACACAGCCCAGUGUAUCAUUGACCAGUUCAUCAGCCCAGGCCAGGCCAAGUGGGUCCGCAACAAUGGUAUUGUCCUACUGCUACCGCAUGGGAUGGAGGGAAUGGGCCCAGAACAUUCAUCAGCCCGACCUGAACGCUUCCUGCAAAUGAGCAAAGAUGAUCCCGAUCACUUCCCUGAGUUCUGUGGAGAUUUUGAAGUCCAGCAGUUGUAUGACUGUAACUGGAUUGUGGUCAACUGCUCCACGCCUGCUAACUACUGUCAUGUGAUCAGACGGCAGAUUCUGCUGCCAUUCAGAAAACCGCUGAUCAUUUUCACUCCAAAGUCUCUGCUGAGGCACCCGGAUGCAAGGUCCAGUUUUGAUGACCUCGCCAAAGGCACUACAUUCAAGAGGUUGAUUCCAGAUGAGAGUCCUGCGAGUCAAAACCCAGCCCAAGUGAAGAGGGUGAUCUUCUGCACUGGCAAAGUGUACUAUGAACUGGCUAAAGAGAGGAAACAGCUAAAUUUGGAGAAAGACAUCGCCAUCAUCCGACUUGAACAGAUUUCUCCAUUCCCGUUUGAUCUGGUCAGAGCAGAGUCAGAGAAGUAUGCCAACGCUGAGCUGGUCUGGUGUCAGGAGGAACACAAGAACAUGGGCUACUAUGAUUAUGUCCGGCCACGUUUUCUCACAGUGGUGGCUAACAAGAAAGCCAUUUGGUAUGUGGGACGGGACCCUGCAGCUGCUCCUGCGACAGGGAACAAGUCCACCCACCUCAAUGAGCUGAAGAAGUUCAUGGACACAGCUUUCAACCUGAGCGCCUUCCAGGGGAAGGACUUGUAAUUGAGAACUGGAACAAGAACCAGGCAGGAGGUGUAGUUUCAGCUCCAACAACCGUAGUCUAUUUAUUAAGUCUUGAUUGCACUUUUAGCUUUUUGACAAUCUGGAGCAUUGCCUCGUGUUUUUAGAAAAAAUUAUUUCAACUUCUGGUUAUCAUUUGUGAAAUUUCAGUCUGCAGCGCUAACUGAAUUCAGACUGCGCAACGUGUAAUGUUUUUUGUGAUGUUCACUGUGUCAGAUUAAAGGUUCAGUGUGUAAUAUUUAGGAGGAUCUAUUGACAUAAAUGCAACAUAAUAUGCAUAACUAUGUGUUCAGUGGUGUAUAAAGACCUUACAUAAUGAACCAUUGUGUUUUUAUAACCUUAGAAUGAGCCAUUUCGAUCUACAUACACUGCGGGUCCUCGUACAUGGAAGUCGCCAUGUUGCGCCGCCAUAUUUCUACAGUAGCCCAAACGGACAAACGGCUAUUCAGAGCGCUUUUCGUCACCAUGUUGAAUACUUACAAAGAAGAAGUAGUAGUAGUAGUAGUACUUGUAGUAGUAAUAGCAGUAGUACUCUGUUUAAUUAGAAGUAAGAAGAGACGUGAAAUUUGGACAGAGGACCACACGUAUUGUUUAGCGCAAGAGCCGACAGAGCGUGUCAGCCACCAUAGUUUCUCCUGCGCUCUUGCAAAGGGAGGGGUGAGCCGUGGUUAAGCCAUUGGUUGCAAGUUGCAACCCUCACCAAUAGAUGCCACUAAAACUUACACACUGAACCUUUAAGUGAUCAUUAUUCUAUCGUGACUCCCAUGCAUAGAAUCCCAACCAAUGUGAGAAGCAUCAUUAAGCACAACUAGGCGAGAGAAGGCUAAACAACUUUGGACAGUCUUUCCAGGGCCUCAUGUUCUAAAUGCAGAAUGAAUUAUCUUUCACUGUGACACGUUACGCAGGAUAGAAUAGAAUUGUUGUGCUUUGUUGUUCCCUGGCAAUGCCCUAUGUCAAGUGAAAGAGGUAACUUUUAUUUAUAUAGCCCCAAAUCACCCACUGUUUCCCUUUAUCCUUAGAACCUUGAUUUGUAUGAGGAAAACCUCCCCCAAAAACAUGGACCAACAUCAUGUAGUCUCAUAACAGCUUUACUGGAAGAAUCUGCACUUUAUUAAAUCAACACUAAUUAGCACAGGGCUUUUAUGGAAUAACUACAGUGUAUGUAUACACCUCAAUGUCUUGUCUAAAGAGAACCAGACACAAACUGUCAGAUCAGUCACAGCAUUGAUACUUGAGUGGUUAAGUAGCAAUAGUACACUCUUUGUAUCUUUAAUAACGUUCACACACCAAAUUUCAGAUAUGUGACAAUCUUUGUUAUUGGAAUAGCUUUAGUACUGUAGAUGCCUCCAUUGCUGCCAUGCUUAAUACUAGGAUAUAUUAGUUGUAUUUGUAUUGUUUAUUUCUUUUUUUUAGAUUAUGGAUGGAUGAAUAGUAGAAGCUAUGAGACGCACACAAACCACCAACUGGUGUACUUACACAGUGAAUGCAAAUCACAUAUCACAGGUAUGAAGACUGUUCUGAAAUUGAACACAUCAGUAGGUUUAGUGCCUGCAUUUGCUUUGGCUACCUUUGCUGUUAGUGAAGGAGUCUGUAUUUAUUGUCACACCUCACUUCACCAGGAGACAUGAGCCAGCUGGCACAGAGACUUGCAGCCAUGUUUUCUACUUAGGACAUAAGGCUCAGCUUCCUCUUCGAAGGCUGAGGGAUGCACACUGCACACACACACAUAAACAAAGCAAAGCAUUUAGAUGCUUUGAGAGCAAUAUUGACGCUGGUUGUCACAUUAAAAUCCCCAGGUAUUUAACAGAAUUGAUAUUAGUUACCACUGUGAUUAGAAAUGCUCCAUAAAACUGUGCUUCCUGUUUGGUUAUACUGUAGCUUACUGUUUCCACUUCCACCUGGGAGAUUUAACCAUUAGCCAUGCAUAAACCUUUACAUAUUUAACGAUUUAAAAAAGGUUUAAUAUGCCCACAUAUUAGUGUGGGUAUUGAAACAUGCACAACUUGAUAGAGCUGUGCUUACACUGGGAAUAAUAAAAUAUGCAAUAAAAUAUAUGUAAGUUUA